CACAAAUGUGUGCGGGGAGUUGAAAAAAGCUCAAAUUCUUUACUCAACACAUCAUCUCAUCGUCUUCAGCAGCCGUAUCGCCCACUGAGGAACGCAUUACUUCUCUGCGCAUUACUUAAACGUCAUGGAGAAUAAAGAGGAGGUCGAAAUCGUCGGAAUCGAUGGCGAAAUCGCAGGGGUGGAAAAUCCAAGCUCCUCCGCGGACAACCGGUCGUCAGAUUCGGGGCAAGAAGAAUCCCUUCGAACCUCCACAUACAUGACGCCCCUCUUGGAAUUCGACAAAAAAAUCGGCUCCUUCGAAAACAUGGAAACUUUCGAUCCCGACAAGACGGAAACGGCCCUGGAUCAUCGCGAUUCGUAUGGAUGCCUUAUCUACCCGUUGUACUACCGUCCAAAAUACCUCCGCAUGGAAACCGUUGGAGGCAUCGACGAGCUCAAGACGUACUGCAAAGCGGUCACGGUGGGAUGGCGUCUGUGGCCCCAUCACUGGACCACGUUUCAACACAUCAUCGACUACUUGUCCAUGUACACCCUGUUGGAAGACGUUAAACGGAUGGAGACCCCGUUUUUGCUGACUUUGAAGGACAUCGCGGUCAAGAACGAGAACGACUCGGGGUUCGGCGGUCUCUUCAUGGCGCCACAAGCGAAGAGGAUCAUUUUCCAGUGGAAGACGCCACUUCCUCCGGGUGGCAUCGCGUCGAUGAGGAUGAAUCCACUGAUGCUGAAAGCCAUGCUGUCCGGCAUGAAACCGGGGCCGGGGGGACCGGUCGAGAUGGAAAUUUGCGGGGGGAUCGACUGUCUCGAAGUUGAGACGAGAGUGGUGACCUUUCCGCGCUGUGGGAAAUGCAAGAAGGUCGUGUAUCAUUCGAAAGAGUGUCAGCGGAAGGCGUGGCAUGCAGGGCAUAAGAAGGUGUGCAAGGCUCCUCCGGUGUAAUAGAGUGGAUUGGGAUUCAUUGUCAAAUUUGAGGUUGAAAAUGAAAUGAAUAAAUUAAGGUUUCCUUACAUUUUUAAGGGUAACGUUUCUGAAAGUA